UGAGUGCGGCUGGCUCAGUAGUACUAGGCGGUGGCUCAGCCGCAGGUGCAGGUUCUGGGCUGUGUCUGGCUGUCUGGGGAUGUCGGACGCGGGCGGCGGAGGUCCCGGCGGGGGUCCCGGCGAGGAAGGCGGCCUGGAGGUGCCCGGCUCGGCCGUGCAGAAUGUGGCCGAUGUCUCGGUGCUGCAGAAGCACCUGCGCAAGCUGGUGCCGCUGCUGCUGGAGGACGGCGGGGAGGUCCCGGCCGCGCUGGAGGCGGCGCUGGAGGAGAAGGGGGCCCUGGAGCAGAUGCGCAAGUUUCUCUCCGACCCGCAGGUGCACACGGUGCUGGUGGAGCGAUCCACGCUCAAGGAGGAUGUGAGUGAUGAAGGAGAAGAGGAAAAAGAAAUCAUAUUGUAUAGCAUUAAUAAUGACAUUCAUUAUGGGCUAAAGUCAAACAGUUUGGCGUUCAUUAAGCGUACACCAGUGAUUGAUGCUGACAAACCAGUGUCCUCCCAACUUAGAGUUCUUACUCUUAGUGAAGAUUCUCCUUAUGAAACAUUACAUUCUUUCAUUAGCAAUGCUGUUGCUCCCUUUUUUAAGUCCUUUAUCAGAGAGUCUGGCAAAGCAGACAGGGAUGGUGAUAAAAUGGCUCCAUCAGUUGAGAAAAAAAUUGCAGAACUUGAAAUGGGACUGCUGCAUUUACAGCAGAAUAUUGAAAUUCCAGAGAUCAGUUUGCCAAUUCAUCCAAUUAUUACUAAUGUUGCCAAGCAAUGUUAUGAGCGUGGAGAAAAGCCAAAGGUUACUGACUUUGGUGACAAGGUUGAGGACCCAACUUUUCUCAACCAGCUACAGUCUGGAGUUAACCGAUGGAUUAGAGAAAUACAAAAGGUGACCAAACUGGAUCGAGAUCCUGCGUCAGGCACGGCUUUACAGGAAAUUAGUUUCUGGCUGAACUUGGAACGUGCUCUGUACCGCAUUCAGGAGAAGCGUGAAAGCCCAGAAGUCCUCCUGACGCUAGAUAUCUUGAAACAUGGCAAACGUUUUCAUGCUACUGUCAGCUUUGACACGGACACAGGUCUAAAACAGGCACUGGAAACUGUAAAUGACUACAAUCCACUGAUGAAAGACUUUCCUUUGAAUGACUUGUUGUCUGCUACUGAACUGGACAAAAUAAGACAGGCACUUGUGGCAAUAUUCACCCAUCUGAGAAAAAUCAGAAAUACAAAGUACCCCAUUCAAAGGGCACUGCGUCUAGUGGAAGCCAUUUCAAGAGACCUGAGUUCUCAGCUACUUAAAGUAUUGGGAACCAGAAAACUGAUGCAUGUUGCCUAUGAAGAGUUUGAAAAGGUUAUGGUUGCAUGUUUUGAAGUCUUCCAUACUUGGGAUGAUGAAUAUGAAAAACUACAAGUGUUGCUGAGAGACAUUGUGAAGAGAAAGAGAGAAGAGAAUCUGAAGAUGGUGUGGCGUAUCAAUCCUGCUCACAGGAAACUGCAGGCUCGUCUUGAUCAAAUGAGGAAGUUCAGGCGCCAGCAUGAGCAGCUGAGAGCAGUUAUUGUGAGAGUCUUAAGACCUCAGGUCACUGCUGUUGCCCAGCAGAAUCAAGGAGAUGUACCUGAACCCCAGGAUAUGAAGGCAGCAGAAGUCCUUUUUGAUUCUGCAGAUGCUAAUGCUAUUAAAGAAGUAAAUCUUGCUUAUGAGAAUGUUAAAGAAGUAGAUGGCUUAGAUGUUUCUAAAGAAGGUACAGAAGCCUGGGAGGCAGCAAUGAAACGGUAUGAUGAAAGAAUUGAUAGGGUUGAAACAAGAAUAACUGCUAGUCUACGAGACCAGCUUGGCACAGCAAAGAAUGCUAAUGAAAUGUUCAGGAUCUUCUCCAGAUUCAAUGCUUUGUUUGUCAGACCUCACAUUCGGGGUGCUAUUCGUGAAUAUCAAACACAAUUGAUCCAGCGUGUAAAAGAUGAUAUCGAGUCUCUUCAUGACAAAUUCAAGGUACAAUACCCACAAAGUCAGGCUUGCAAAAUGAGUCAUGUUCGUGACUUGCCUCCCUUGUCUGGGUCUAUAAUCUGGGCCAAACAGAUUGAUCGACAGCUCACAGCCUACAUGAAGCGUGUUGAAGAUGUGCUUGGCAAAGGUUGGGAGAACCAUGUUGAAGGUCAGAAGCUGAAGCAGGAUGGAGACAGCUUCCGUAUGAAGCUCAGCACUCAAGAAAUAUUUGAUGACUGGGCAAAGAAGGUUCAGCAGCGCAACCUUGGUGUGUGUGGCCGUAUCUUCACUAUUGAAAACACUCGUGUUAGAGGCCGAACUGGAAAUGUCCUCAAACUAAAAGUCAACUUUCUCCCAGAAAUAAUUACACUCUCAAAAGAAGUCCGCAACCUUAAGUGGUUUGGAUUUCGUGUUCCACUUGCAAUUGUCAACAAAGCUCACCAAGCAAACCAGCUCUAUCCUUUUGCUAUUUCUCUGAUUGAAAGUGUCCGUACGUAUGAACGUACUUGUGAGAAGGUGGAAGAGCGUAACACUAUUUCUCUGCUGAUAGCCGGUCUAAAGAAGGAAGUGCAGGCUUUGAUUGGAGAAGGUAUUGCCCUGGUGUGGGAGUCAUACAAACUUGACCCCUAUGUACAACGCCUAGCAGAGACUGUCUUCAGCUUCCAAGAAAAGGUGGAUGAUCUGCUCAUUAUUGAAGAAAAAAUAGACCUGGAAGUUCGAUCCUUGGAAACUUGCAUGUAUGAUCAUAAGACUUUUUCAGAAAUCUUGAACAGAGUUCAAAAAGCUGUGGAUGACUUGAAUCUUCAUUCAUAUUCCAAUUUGCCGAUCUGGGUCAAUAAGUUGGAUAUGGAGAUUGAACGAAUACUAGGAGUUCGUCUACAGGCUGGGCUGAGAGCUUGGACCCAAGUUCUUCUUGGACAAGCUGAUGAUAAAGCAGAAGUUGACAUGGAUACAGAUGCGCCUCAAGUCAGUCACAAGCCUGGUGGGGAGCCAAAGAUCAAAAAUGUUGUACAUGAACUGAGGAUAACCAACCAGGUGAUCUAUUUGAAUCCACCAAUUGAAGAAUGCAGAUAUAAGCUCUAUCAAGAAAUGUUUUCCUGGAAAAUGGUAAUACUAUCACUACCCAGAAUUCAAAGUCAAAGAUACCAGGUGGGUGUACACUAUGAGUUGUCUGAGGAAGAGAAGUUCUAUCGGAAUGCCUUAACACGGAUGCCUGAUGGUCCUGUAGCACUGGAGGAGUCUUAUUCGGCUGUUAUGGGCAUUGUGACAGAGGUUGAACGGUAUGUUAAGGUAUGGCUGCAGUACCAGUGCUUAUGGGAUAUGCAAGCUGAAAACGUAUAUAACCGUCUUGGAGAAGAUUUAAAUAAGUGGCAAGCCCUCUUAGUUCAGAUAAGGAAGGCUAGAGGAACCUUUGACAAUGCAGAAACCAGGAAGGAAUUUGGACCUGUUAUCAUAGACUAUGGGAAGGUACAAUUUAAGGUGAACCUGAAAUAUGACUCUUGGCAUAAGGAAGUACUCAGUAAAUUUGGCCAAAUGCUAGGUCAGAACAUGACAGAGUUCCACUCUCAAAUUUCUAAGUCCCGUCAAGAGUUGGAGCAGCAUUUAGUGGACACUGCUAGUACAUCAGAUGCAGUGACAUUCAUCACAUAUGUACAAUCCCUGAAACGUAAAAUCAAGCAGUUUGAGAAACAAGUUGAGCUUUACCGCAAUGGUCAGCGCUUGCUAGAGAAACAGAGGUUCCAGUUCCCUUCCUCCUGGUUAUACAUUGACAACAUUGAAGGAGAGUGGGGUGCUUUCAAUGACAUAAUGCGUCGCAAGGAUUCUGCCAUUCAGCAACAAGUAGAAAACUUGCAAAUGAAGAUCGUUCAAGAGGAUCGAGCAGUGGAGAGCCGUACAACUGACCUGCUGACUGACUGGGAGAAAACUAAGCCUGUGACAGGAAACUUGCGUCCAGAGGAGGCUCUUCAAGCACUUACCGUUUUCGAAGGGAAAUUUGGUAGGUUGAAAGAUGAUCGUGAGAAAUGUGCAAAGGCCAAAGAAGCUCUUGAGCUAACAGAUACAGGACUACUCAGUGGCAGUGAGGAACGUGUGCAGGUAGCUUUAGAAGAGUUACAAGACCUCAAAGGAGUUUGGUCUGAGCUUUCCAAGGUCUGGGACCAGAUUGAUCAGAUGAAGGAGCAGCCGUGGGUUUCAGUACAACCUCGCAAGCUUCGACAAAAUUUGGAUGGCUUACUGAACCAGUUGAAAAACUUCCCUGCUCAUUUGCGGCAGUAUGCCUCCUAUGAAUACGUUCUGAGGCUUCUGAAGGGUUACAUGAAGAUAAACAUGUUGGUGAUUGAACUGAAAUCUGAGGCUCUUAAAGAUCGUCACUGGAAGCAGCUGAUGAAGAGACUUCAUGUGAACUGGGCUGUCUCUGAACUAACCCUGGGACAGAUCUGGGAUGUUGACUUGCAGAAGAAUGAAGCAAUUGUCAAAGAUGUACUUCUUGUGGCUCAGGGAGAGAUGGCUUUGGAGGAGUUCUUGAAACAGAUAAGAGAAGUGUGGAACACUUACGAACUGGACUUGGUUAAUUAUCACUACAAAUGUCAUUUGAUUCGUGGUUGGGAUGAUCUCUUCAACAAGGUCAAGGAGCACAUUAACAGUGUGUCUGCCAUGAAGUUAUCACCAUACUUCAAGGUAUUUGAAGAAGAUGCCCUUAGCUGGGAGGACAAAUUGAAUCGUAUCUUUGCACUCUUUGAUGUCUGGAUAGAUGUCCAAAGGCGAUGGGUCUACCUGGAGGGUAUCUUCACUGGUAGUGCUGAUAUUGAGCACUUACUGCCUGUUGAAACACAGAGGUUUCAAAGCAUCAGUACUGAGUUUCUGGCACUUAUGAAAAAAGUAUCCAAAUCUCCCCUUGUGAUAGAUGUUCUUAACAUCCAAGGUGUACAAAGAUCACUGGAGAGAUUAGCAGACUUGCUUGGAAAGAUCCAGAAAACAUUGGGAGAAUAUCUGGAGAGGGAGAGAUCCUCCUUUCCUCGGUUCUACUUCGUUGGUGAUGAGGACUUGCUCGAAAUCAUAGGAAACAGCAAGAAUGUAGCUAAGCUCCAGAAACAUUUCAAGAAAAUGUUUGCUGGAGUUUCUAGCAUCCUCCUGAAUGAAGAUAACUCUGUUAUUCUGGGGAUCUCAUCACGUGAAGGAGAGGAGGUGCUGUUUAAAACACCUGUGUCUAUCACAGAACAUCCUAAGAUCAAUGAGUGGCUCACACUUGUUGAAAAAGAAAUGAGGGUCACACUUGCAAAGCUACUGGCUAAGUCUGUUACUGAAGUAGAAAUCAUUGGUAAAGCAACUUCAAUUGAUCCAGUUCUCUAUAUUUCUUGGAUUGACAAAUAUCAGGCCCAGCUUGUUGUCCUGUCAGCCCAAAUUGCAUGGUCAGAGAAUGUGGAAUCUGCUCUGAAUGGUAUGGGUGGUGAUGGAGACAGCAGUUCUCUGCACUCUGUGCUGGCUAAUGUUGAGGUCACACUGAACAUGUUAGCAGACUCUGUGUUGAUGAAACAGCCACCUCUCCGCAGAAGGAAAUUGGAACACUUGAUUACAGAGUUAGUGCACCAAAGAGAUGUUACAAGAUCACUGAUCAAAAGUAAGAUUGACAACUCCAAAUCCUUUGAGUGGCUCAGCCAGAUGCGAUUCUACUUUGACCCAAAACAGACAGAUGUGUUGCAACAGCUGUCCAUUCAGAUGGCAAAUGCCAAAUUCAACUAUGGCUUUGAGUAUCUUGGUGUUCAGGAUAAACUAGUUCAGACUCCUCUUACUGACCGCUGUUACCUGACAAUGACGCAAGCCUUGGAGGCAAGACUUGGAGGCUCACCUUUUGGUCCUGCUGGUACUGGUAAAACAGAAUCUGUAAAGGCCCUUGGACACCAGCUUGGCCGCUUUGUUCUGGUUUUCAACUGCGGUGAAAUGUUUGACUUCCAGGCAAUGGGACGCAUCUUUGUGGGGCUCUGUCAAGUGGGCGCAUGGGGCUGCUUUGAUGAGUUCAACAGACUUGAGGAGCGUAUGCUUUCUGCUGUUUCUCAGCAGGUUCAGUGCAUCCAGGAAGCCUUGCGAGAACAUUGCAAUCCAAACUAUGACAAGACUUCAGCACCUAUUACUUGUGAGCUGCUGAAUAAACAAGUUAAAGUGAGCCCAGACAUGGCUAUCUUCGUCACCAUGAAUCCUGGUUAUGCGGGUAGAUCAAAUCUUCCAGACAACUUGAAGAAGCUGUUCCGUAGCUUGGCGAUGACAAAGCCAGACCGCCAGCUGAUUGCCCAGGUCAUGUUGUACUCCCAGGGUUUCCGUACUGCUGAAGUGCUUGCCAAUAAGAUUGUCCCGUUCUUCAACCUCUGUGAUGAGCAGCUCUCCUCUCAAAGUCAUUAUGACUUUGGCUUAAGACCUUUGAAGAGUGUACUGAUUAGUGCAGGAAAUGUGAAGAGGGAGAGGAUUCAGAAGAUAAAGUGGGAGAAGAGAGAGCGUGGUGAAGUUGUUGAUGAAGGGGAAAUUGCUGAGAACCUACCUGAACAAGAGAUUUUGAUCCAGAGUGUGUGUGAAACAAUGGUCCCCAAACUUGUUGCAGAAGACAUCCCACUGCUGUUCAGUCUCUUUUCUGAUGUAUUCCCUGGAGUACAGUAUCACCGUGGUGAAAUGACAGCCCUGCGAGAGGAGCUUAAGAAAGUGUGUCAGGAAAUGUACCUUACAUAUGGUGAUGGAGAAGAAGUUGGUGGCAUGUGGGUCGAAAAGGUUCUUCAGCUCUAUCAAAUUACCCAGAUCAAUCAUGGGUUGAUGAUGGUGGGUCCUUCUGGAAGUGGAAAGAGCAUGGCUUGGAGAGUGCUGCUAAAAGCCCUGGAGCGGCUAGAGGGUGUAGAAAGUGUUGCUCACAUCAUUGAUCCAAAAGCAAUCAGCAAAGAUCACCACCUCUAUGGUACUUUGGAUCCAAAUACCAGAGAAUGGACAGAUGGAUUGUUUACACAUGUCCUGAGAAAGAUCAUAGACAAUGUGAGAGGUGAAUUGCAAAAACGACAGUGGAUCAUCUUUGAUGGGGAUGUAGAUCCUGAAUGGGUGGAGAACUUAAACUCCGUGUUGGAUGACAACAAACUGCUGACUCUGCCCAAUGGAGAACGUCUCAGCCUUCCACCAAAUGUGCGUAUCAUGUUUGAGGUACAGGAUCUGAAAUAUGCUACUCUGACCACAGUGUCAAGGUGCGGAAUGGUCUGGUUCAGUGAAGAUGUCUUAAGCACUGACAUGAUAUUCAAUAACUUCCUGGCCAGACUACGAAACAUCCCUUUGGAUGAAGGUGAAGAGGAAGCUCAGCGGAGGCGAAAGGGCAAAGAAGAUGAAGAUGAAGCAGCAGCUUCUCCAAUGUUGCAGAUUCAAAGAGAUGCAGCAACAAUUAUGCAGCCCUAUUUCACACCUAAUGGACUGGUGACUAAAGCUCUUGAACAUGCUUUCACGUUAGAGCAUAUCAUGGACCUCACUCGCUUGCGCUGUCUUGGUUCAUUGUUCUCUAUGUUGCAUCAGGCUUGCCGCAAUGUAGCCCAGUACAAUGCAAACCAUCCCGACUUCCCUAUGCAGAUAGAUCAACUGGAGCGUUAUAUCCAGAGAUACCUGGUCUAUGCAAUACUGUGGUCACUCUCUGGAGACAGUCAUCUGAAAAUGAGAGCAGAGCUGGGAGAAUACAUUAGGAGAAUCACCACUGUACCAUUGCCCACAGCACCCAACAUACCCAUAAUUGAUUAUGAGGUGUCGAUUACAGGUGAGUGGGUCCCAUGGCAGUCCAAGGUUCCUCAGAUUGAAGUUGAGACCCACAAGGUUGCUGCUCCUGACGUUGUUGUACCAACCCUAGAUACCGUCCGCCAUGAAGCUUUGCUGUAUACUUGGCUAGCGGAACACAAACCCCUGGUGCUCUGUGGCCCACCAGGUUCUGGAAAGACUAUGAUCCUUUUCAGUGCUCUCAGAGCCCUCCCUGAUAUGGAGGUGGUUGGACUUAACUUCUCUAGUGCUACUACCCCAGAGCUACUUUUGAAAACUUUUGAUCAUUACUGUGAGUACAGGCAUACACCUAAAGGAGUGGUGCUGGCUCCGGUGCAGCUAGGAAAGUGGCUGGUGCUGUUCUGUGAUGAAAUCAACUUGCCAGAUAUGGAUAAGUAUGGCACGCAGAGAGUCAUAUCCUUCAUUAGACAGAUGGUGGAACAUGGAGGCUUCUACCGUACAUCGGAUCAGACCUGGGUGAAAUUAGAGAGGAUUCAGUUUGUUGGAGCUUGUAACCCACCUACUGAUCCUGGAAGGAAACCACUUUCACAUAGAUUUUUACGCCAUGUCCCUGUGGUGUAUGUGGACUAUCCUGGACCAGCUUCACUUACUCAGAUAUAUGGAACAUUCAAUCGUGCAAUGCUGAGGCUCAUCCCAUCGCUCCGCACAUAUGCAGAACCUCUUACUGCUGCUAUGGUAGAAUUCUACACAAUGUCACAGGAAAGGUUCACCCAGGACACACAGCCACACUACAUUUAUUCACCUCGUGAAAUGACUCGAUGGGUGAGAGGUAUCUUUGAAGCCUUAAGACCAUUAGAAACCUUACCUGUUGAAGGCCUUAUUAGGAUUUGGGCACACGAAGCCUUGCGUCUCUUCCAAGACAGACUUGUGGAAGAUGAGGAGAGACGUUGGACUGAUGAAAACAUUGAUAUGGUAGCUCUGAAACAUUUCCCCAACGUAGACAAAGAGAAAGCUAUGAGCAGACCCAUCUUGUACAGCAAUUGGCUGUCAAAGGAUUAUAUCCCAGUGGAUCAGGAAGAGCUGAGAGACUAUGUAAAAGCCAGGCUGAAAGUGUUUUAUGAAGAAGAACUUGAUGUGCCACUAGUGCUGUUCAAUGAACUUUUGGAUCAUGUGCUAAGAAUUGACCGAAUCUUCCGCCAGCCUCAGGGUCACUUGCUUCUCAUUGGAGUUAGUGGAACAGGGAAAACAACUCUCUCGCGAUUUGUGGCUUGGAUGAAUGGUUUAAGUGUUUACCAAAUAAAGGUUCAUAGAAAAUACACAGGUGAAGACUUUGAUGAAGAUCUGAGAACGGUCUUCAGACGCUCUGGCUGCAAGAAUGAGAAAAUAGCGUUUAUAAUGGAUGAGUCAAAUGUACUGGAUUCUGGAUUUGUGGAAAAAAUGAAUAAUCUUCUGGCCAAUGGAGAGGUUCCUGGUCUCUUUGAAGGAGAUGAAUAUGCCACCCUUAUGACUCAAUGUAAAGAGGGAGCACAGAAAGAAGGUUUAAUGCUAGAUUCACAUGAAGAACUGUACAAAUGGUUCACCAGUCAAGUUAUUCGCAAUCUCCAUGUUGUGUUCACCAUGAACCCAUCUUCUGAGGGCCUGAAGGACAGAGCAGCUACUUCUCCAUCUCUCUUCAACAGGUGUGUCUUGAACUGGUUUGGAGACUGGUCAACUGAAGCACUGUACGAAGUUGGCAAAGAGUUUACAAGCAAAAUGGAUCUUGAGAAGCCAAACUAUAUUGUGCCAGACUAUAUGCCAGUUGUGUAUGAGAAGUUACCACAACCGCCAUCACAUAGGGAAGCUAUUGUAAAUAGCUGUGGAUUUGUUCAUCAAACCCUUCAUCAGGCUAACGCUCGUCUAGCAAAACGGGGAGGCAGAACUAUGGCCAUCACACCACGUCACUAUUUGGACUUCAUCAACCAUUAUGCCAACUUGUUCAAUGAGAAAAGGAGUGAGCUGGAGGAACAGCAGAUGCAUUUGAAUGUUGGCCUUAAAAAGAUCAAGGAAACUGUUGACCAGGUGGAAGAACUGCGUAGGGACUUGAGAAUAAAGAGCCAGGAGUUGGAAGUAAAGAAUGCAGCAGCUAAUGACAAGCUGAAAAAAAUGGUGAAGCAUCAGCAAGAAGCUGAGAAGAAAAAGGUUAUGAGCCAAGACAUUCAAGAGAAGCUGCACGAACAGCAAGCAGGAAUUGCAGAUAAGCAAAUGAGUGUGAAGGAGGAGCUAGACAAAGUUGAGCCUGCUGUCAUUGAUGCUCAGAAUGCUGUAAAAUCAAUAAAGCAGCAGCAUCUGGUAGAGGUCCAUUCUAUGGCCAACCCACCUGCAGCAGUGAAGCUAGCACUAGAGUCCAUCUGUCUACUAUUGGGUGAAAGUACAACUGACUGGAAACAGAUACGUUCCAUCAUUAUGAGGGAAAACUUCAUUCCAACUAUUGUAAACUUUUCUGCUGAGGAGAUCAGUGAUUCCAUCCGGGAAAAAAUGAAGAAUUUCAUGUCAAAUCCAAGUUACAAUUAUGAAAUUGUAAACCGAGCAUCCUUAGCAUGUGGUCCACUGGUAAAAUGGGCAAUUGCACAGCUGAAUUAUGCUGAUAUGUUGAAGCGAGUAGAACCCCUCCGCAAUGAACUACAGAAACUGGAGGAUGAUGCCAAAGUCAAUCAACAGAAAGCUAAUGAGGUAGAACAGAUGAUUCGUGAUCUCGAGGCCAGUAUUGCUCGCUACAAGGAAGAGUAUGCAGUGCUGAUUUCAGAGGCUCAAGCAAUUAAGGCGGACCUGGCUGCAGUUGAAGCAAAAGUAAACCGUAGCACUGCUCUCUUAAAGAAUCUGUCUGCUGAACGUGAAAGAUGGGAGAAGACAAGUGAAACCUUCAAGAACCAGAUGUCCACUAUUGCAGGAGACUGUUUGCUUUCAGGAGCUUUUAUUGCUUAUGCUGGGUACUUUGAUCAGCAAAUGCGACAGAACUUGUUCACUACGUGGUCCCAUCACUUGCAGCAAGCAAAUAUCCAGUUCCGUACAGACAUUGCAAGGAUAGAAUACCUUUCCAAUGCAGAUGAGCGUCUUCGCUGGCAAGCAAGUUCUCUACCUGCAGAUGACCUGUGCACAGAAAACGCUAUCAUGCUUAAGCGGUUUAAUAGGUAUCCACUGAUCAUUGAUCCUUCUGGACAAGCCACACAGUUCAUUAUGAAUGAAUACAAGGACCGUAAGAUCAUUCGUACUAGCUUUUUGGAUGAUGCUUUCAGAAAGAACUUGGAAAGUGCACUGAGAUUUGGUAACCCUCUACUCGUCCAGGAUGUGGAGAGCUAUGACCCAAUUCUGAAUCCUGUGCUGAAUCAUGAAGUCCGGAGAACUGGAGGUCGAGUGCUUAUUACCCUGGGAGACCAAGAUAUUGACUUGUCACCGUCCUUUGUCAUCUUCCUCUCCACCAGAGAUCCAACAGUUGAAUUUCCCCCGGAUCUCUGCUCUCGUGUUACGUUUGUCAAUUUCACAGUAACUCGCAGUAGUUUACAGAGCCAGUGUCUGAAUGAGGUCCUGAAAGCUGAAAGACCAGAUGUUGAUGAAAAACGUUCUGACCUCCUUAAACUUCAAGGUGAAUUCCAACUGCGUUUGCUGCAGUUAGAAAAAUCUCUGCUACAAGCUCUCAAUGAAGUGAAGGGACAUAUUUUAGAUGACAAAAUCAUAACUACUUUAGAGACCCUAAAGAAGGAAGCAGCAGAGGUCACCAGAAAAGUAGAAGAGACUGAUAUUGUCAUGCAAGAGGUGGAGACUGUAUCUCGGCAGUAUUUGCCACUUUCUACAGCAUGCAGUAGUAUCUACUUCACAAUGGAAUCACUGAAACAGAUACACUUCUUAUACCGGUAUUCUCUCCAGUUUUUCUUGGACAUCUAUCAUAAUGUCUUGUAUGAGAACCCAAAUUUGAAGGGAAUUACAGACCAUACCCAGCGUCUCUCAAUCAUCACAAAAGACCUCUUCCAGGUGGCUUUCAAUAGAGUAGCUCGUGGCAUGUUACAUCAGGAUCACAUAACCUUUGCUAUGCUGUUGGCCAGAAUUAAACUUAAAGGCACAAUUGGGGAGCCUACGUAUGAUGCAGAAUUCCAACAUUUCUUAAGAGGAAAAGAAAUUGUACUCAGCACAGCAUCUCUCCCAAAGAUCAGUGGACUUACAACAGAACAAAUGGAAGCUAUGAUGAGAUUGAGGUGCCUUCCUGAGUUUAAGGACCUGGUUUCUAAGGUUCAAGCUGAUGAGCAAUUCUGUAUCUGGUUGGAGAGCAGUUCACCAGAGCAGACUGUGCCAUACAUUUGGUCUGAAGAAAAACCUGCAACACCUAUUGGGCAGGCCAUUCAUCGUUUACUCUUGAUCCAGGCAUUCCGUCCAGAUCGUCUGCUGGCCAUGGCACAUGCCUUUGUUUCAGCAAACCUUGGCGAAUCCUUUAUGUCUAUUAUGGAGCAGCCAUUAGAUCUGAAACACAUUGUAAAUAAUGAGGUGAAACCUAAUACUCCUGUACUGAUGUGUUCUGUACCUGGCUAUGAUGCCAGUGACCAUGUUGAAGAUCUUGCCACUGAACAAAACACACAGAUUACCUCUAUUGCUAUAGGCUCUGCUGAAGGAUUUAAUCAAGCAGAUAAGGCAAUAAACACAGCAGUGAAAUAUGGCAGGUGGGUGAUGCUAAAGAAUGUCCAUUUGGCUCCUGGUUGGUUGAUGCAGCUAGAGAAGAAGCUGCAUUCUUUACAACCUCAUGCUUGCUUCAGACUUUUCCUUACAAUGGAGAUAAAUCCCAAGGUGCCGGUGAAUUUGCUACGUGCUGGUCGGAUCUUUGUGUUUGAACCACCACCUAGUGUAAAAGCGAACAUGCUGAGGACAUUCAGUAGUAUUCCUGUUUCUAGAAUAUGCAAGUCUCCAAACGAACGUGCUCGUUUAUAUUUCCUCCUUGCCUGGUUCCAUGCCAUCAUUCAAGAACGUUUGCGAUAUGCUCCCUUGGGCUGGUCCAAGAAAUAUGAAUUUGGUGAAUCUGAUCUGAGAUCUGCCUGUGACACAAUAGAUACAUGGCUGGAUGAUGCAGCAAAGGGCCGCCAAAACAUUUCACCUGAUAAGAUCCCAUGGUCUGCUCUGAAGACAUUGAUGGCACAGUCCAUUUAUGGAGGUCGCAUUGAUAAUGAAUUUGAUCAGCGUCUGCUAAACACUUUCCUGGAGCGUUUGUUUACCACUUUGAGCUUUGAUAGUGAAUUCAAACUGGCUUGCAAGGUUGAUGGACAUAAGGAUAUUCAAAUGCCAGAUGGAAUCAGACGUGAAGAAUUUGUCCAAUGGGUUGAGUUGCUGCCAGAUACACAAACCCCAUCCUGGCUUGGUUUACCAAACAAUGCAGAAAGAGUUCUUCUCACCACACAGGGUAUUGAUAUGAUCAGUAAUAUGCUAAAAAUGCAGAUGCUAGAGGAUGAGGAUGAUCUAGCUUAUGCAGAAACUGGGAAGAAGGCAAGAACAGAUUCAACUUCAGAGGGACGUCCAUCCUGGAUGAGAACACUGCACACCACAGCCUCCAACUGGUUCCAUCUUAUCCCACAAACUCUAAAUCAUCUUAAACCAACAGUGGAAAAUAUUAAGGAUCCGUUGUUCCGAUUCUUUGAGAGAGAGGUGAAAAUGGGAGCCAAAUUACUUCAGGAUGUCCGUCAGGAUCUUGCAGAUGUGGUUCAGGUUUGUGAAGGCAAGAAGAAACAGACCAACUACUUGCGUACACUUAUAAACGAAUUGGUGAAAGGUAUUCUGCCUCGUAGCUGGUCUCAUUACACUGUACCUGCUGGCAUGACUGUUAUUCAGUGGGUGUCUGACUUCAGUGAACGCAUUAAACAACUACAGAAUAUUUCCCAGGCAUCUGCUUCUGGUGGAGCAAAAGAACUAAAGAAUAUCCGUGUGUGCCUGGGUGGCUUAUUCGUGCCUGAGGCUUAUAUUACUGCUACAAGACAAUAUGUGGCUCAAGCAAACAGCUGGUCCCUGGAAGAACUUUGUCUAGAAGUCAAUGUUACAACUACUCAGAAUGCAGCCCUGGAUGCUUGCAGUUUUGGAGUCACAGGUUUGAAACUUCAGGGAGCUACAUGCAGUAACAAUAAACUGUCCCUUUCAAAUGCUAUAUCAACGAUAUUGCCCAUAACACAGCUUCGCUGGAUCAAGCAGACAAAUGCAGAAAAAAAGGCUAAUGUGGUUACAUUACCAGUUUAUCUGAACUUCACCCGUGCUGAUCUGAUCUUCACAGUUGACUUUGAAAUAGCCACCAAGGAAGAUCCUCGCAGUUUCUAUGAACGUGGUGUUGCAGUCCUCUGCACAGAGUAACAAAAUAACGCUUUCUAACCGGAAAAUAGUAGUAAAAUUCAGUGUCUUUAAUCUAUUCUACCGUGUUAGUUUUAACUACCAAGGGAUGGUUAAGUUGUCAGAAGGAUUGGUGUAAAGUUGACUUGAUAGAGGCUGGUGUACUUGAAAGGUGAUACUGAUGAUUUGAGGAAGAAUUGGAUGUGGUUUUUAGAUGGCUCUAGUUACAUGUGGUAAUGUUUGGUGGUUCUUACUACAUUAAAUAAAUUCUAUAGCAUGA